GCUGCCGCUGUGUCGUUCCACAUGACGAGCUUGUUCUGUAUCUUGCCCUCUCUGCGUUCCCCAGCGAGUGCGAUUACAAGGCGAUUUACUUCGACUCACUGAGUCAUGAAGUGCCAGAGCGUAGCGUGCAUAUGGUCAGGCACGCCUCUGUCCCACCGAGUCACCGCCACCGCCGUGCUGAGCCAGCCUCCGACUCUCUACACCGGCGGAUCCGAUGGCUCAAUCAUCUGGUGGAACUUGUCCUUCACCGAUUCCAGCACGGAAAUUAAACCGGUUGCUGUAUUGUGUGGCCAUGCUGCGACUAUAGCCGAUUUUGGCAUUUGUUACCCUGUUAUCUCGGGGACUGGUAAGACAGAUAUUUCAAGUAAUGCCAAGGUGAACUCCACUUCAGAAAUUUGUGGUGCUCUAGUAAGUGCGUGUUCUGAUGGUGUGCUGUGCAUUUGGAGCAGGAAAAGUGGACAUUGCAGGUGCAGAAGAAAACUACCUGCUUGGGUUGGGAGUCCCUCCAUGGUCUGUACGAUUCCGUCAAAACCAAGAUAUGUAUGCAUUGGAUGCUGUUUUGUUGAUGGUGCUCAUUCGUCUGAUCAACACUCAGUUGAUCCCGCUGAAGGGAGUGAGGUUCCAGCUGAUAGAGAAUAUCAGCAGAAAAAGCAUUUCAAAUGCUCUGUCGUUAUUAUUGAUACAUAUACUCUUACCAUUGUUGAAACUAUUGUGCACGGAAACUUAUCUAUUGGCUCCUUGAGGUAUAUGACCAUAAUCUCACCAUUAACCGGUGAGGGGAAUCAUUCAGCAGUUUUAUUUGAUUCAUUUGGUCGGUUGCAGAUUGUUUCAAUAUCUAAGGAACAUGACCAAGAUAAGCUGGACGAAGUGAGCUUGCACAAUAGUUCACACGUGGAUAUUCCUCUUUGGGCUGAGGUAUUGAGCGAGAGAGGUCAGGUUUUGUCAGUUGCGACCCAACGCAAUGCCAUAGCCUUUUUGUUACCUGAUCGUUGUGUUUUUAAGCUUUUACUCAGUGGUCUCACAGUUGGAGAGGUUACUUUCACGGAUAGUCUUUUUGGUGUUAAUCAACUUACCUCUUCAAUUCAUGUUGCUGGAGCAAUGUUUCUUGAUGAUGGAGAUGAAUUGAAUAUCAUGUAUAAUCAGGCAUGCCAUGAAACAUUUGUAGAGAAAUUUGCUGUCUGGAAUUCUGGAGGUCAUGCAGUUGUCUAUAUGAUAUCAUUUACAAAUAAGAUAUUUGAAUACAAACCUCUUUAUGAGAUUCCUGCAUCUUCUUAUUCCUCAGAUAUGAGACCAUCGAUAUCUUUCAUUAUGCUGAAUCAACAUUUCAUCCGCAUCCAGUCACUUAGCUCUCAAAUUGAAGAGCCUUUUCAUUGGUCUCCUAAUAUCACAAUAUGGUCACUACAAGGGAAACACCAUGUUCAAGGAAAGUCAAACCUAAAAUGCAGAAUGGUUGCUAAAGCUAGUUCAUUGGCAGAAUGGAUAACAGAUUCCACUUGUCAUGGUGAAUUCGAAGAGAAAUAUACUAUAAGAGAUGAGUUGAAUUUGCAGGACUCAUCUGAUUCUAGUUCUGAAAGUGUAAAUGAUUUAUAUUUAGGUCACAGUAACAGUUUUGUACAGAAGGGACAAAUAGUAUCUUCUUCUAUGGUUAUUUCUGACAGUUUAUCAACUCCUUAUGCAGUUGUUUAUGGCUACUUUAGUGGUGACAUACAAAUUUUAAAACUUGAUUUACUCCAAGGGCUAUCUUCUCAUAGAGAAAGCCCACACUAUGAAGUGGAUCAUCAUGCACCAGAACUAUAUCUUUCAGGGCACACGGGACCUGUACUAUGUCUGGCAGUUCAUUGGAUAGCAGGCAAAGGUAAUAAACAAGUUCUAUUAUCUGGAAGUAUGGAUUGCACCCUUCGUAUAUGGGAUCUGGAAUUUGGGAAUCUUAUCAUGGUAAUGCACCACCACGUGGCUCCUGUGAGGCAGAUAAUUCUUCCUCCUGCUUAUACCGACCAUCCUUGGAGUGAUUGUUUUCUUUCAGUUGGGGAGGAUUCUUGUGUUGCACUUGCAUCCUUAGAGACUUUACAGGUGGAGAGAAUGUUUCCUGGAAAUCGCAAUUAUCCUGAAAAGGUUGUGUGGGAUGGUGUUAGAGGUUAUAUUGCAUGUAUGUGCAGUAACCAUUCCAGUACAUCGGAUACUGUGGAUAUAUUGUAUAUUUGGGAUGUUAAGACAGGUGCUCGUGAACGGGUUAUUCGUGGGCCAGCUUCUCAUUCGAUGUUUGAUUAUUUCUGUAAAGGAAUUGGCAAGAAUUUGUCUGGCUCUGUCCUGAAUGAAAAUACCUCUGCUUCAUCUUUACUGUUUACAACAGUAGAAGAUGGGAGUCUUUCUGAUUCUGUUUCAAGCUGUAGGAAAUCCACUGAUACAUUAAAGUCAAUGGAAAAUCUGACAAAUAAGGUAGAAUCACAUACUUCAAAUGGACAUGCUAGAAGACGAAACACUUCUAAAUCAUUUCUAAACUCUCUCUAUAAUUCUAAGAGUGGAAGGCACCCUAUCAAGUGCUCCUGUCCCUUCCCUGGAAUUGCUACAAUAAGCUUCGAUCUUACAUCAUUAAUGUCUUUCAAUCAGAAGUCUAAGUUAAUAGCAAAUGGGAAUAAUUUUCAAGAUACUGCCAUUCUGAAGGAUCAGGAAGCUAAGAUGUCAAGUCCCAGGGAUAAGAAAAUGGAAAAUCCUUUGGUCCAAGAAAUUUCAACUGAAUACGUUGAAAAACUUAAUUGGAUUAGUUCAUAUGAAGAAUGUUUAAUUCGGUUUAGCUUGUCCUUUUUGCAUGUAUGGGACGUUGACAGUGAUCUUGACGACUUGCUAGUAACUGACAUGAAGUUGAGAAAACCAGAGAGUUUUAUUGUAGCUUCUGGUUUGCAGGGGGAUAAAGGUUCACUAACAGUGACAUUUCCUGGUUUGAAAGCUGUUCUUGAGCUUUGGAAGUCAUCUGCAGAAUUUUGUGCCAUGAGGUCACUCAUGAUUCUGUCUCUUGCUCAACAUAUGAUUAGCUUGUUUCACUCAGGUUCAUCUGCCAGCAGUGCAUUAGCAGCAUUCUAUAUGAGAAAUUUUGUGGACAAAGUUCCAGAUAUAAAGCCACCUUUACUUCAGAUUUUAGUGAGCUUCUGGCAAGAUGAAAGUGAACAUGUACGUAUGGCUGCUCGCUCUUUGUUCCAUUGUGCAGCUUCACGUGCAAUUCCACUACCACUAAGAGGUCAAAGAUCAACCGAGCACGGAAGUGUAAGCCCAAUUGGAGCUAGUGAUGAUGAACAUGAGUGUUCAAAUGUGAAUGAGAAAUCUGAUAACAUAUUAUGUUCUGACUGCAUUCCUAAAAGUGAAGAGGUUUCUCAGGUUGAGGAAUUCAAUACACGCAUCUGGCUAGAAUCUUAUGAAAUGCAAGAUUGGAUUUCUUGUGUUGGAGGAACGAGCCAAGAUGCAAUGACUUCUCAUAUAAUAAUUGCUGGAGCACUGGCCAUUUGGUACCGUAGUCUUGUGAAGAAAAACCUUCCAAUGCUGGUUGUCCAUUCAUUAGUGAAGUUGGUGAAGUCUAUGAAUGGGAAAUACAGUUCUGCUGCAGCAGAGCUCCUUGCAGAAGGUAUGGAGAGCACUUGGAAAACGUGUCUGGGGAAUGAAAUUCCUCAUCUUAUUGAAGAUAUACUACUCCAGCUGGAAUAUGUGAGUGGUCCAUCUGCAAAUCAGUUAGUUCAAAGUUCGGCCCUUCCAGUGGGUAUCCGGGAGACUUUGGUUGAAGUUCUUCUCCCAAAAAUAGCAAUGGCUGAUAUACCUGGAUUCUUGACUGUAAUAGAAAGUCAAAUUUGGUCUACUGCAUCUGAUUCACCUGUUCAUCUGGUGUCACUUAAGACACUGAUCAGGGUUGUGCGUGGUUGUCCUAGAAAUCUGGCGCCAUAUCUUGACAAGGCAGUUAACUUCAUUUUACAAAUCAUGGAGCCCAGCAACUCAGUCAUGCGCAAAAUAUGUUAUCAGAGCUCAAUGGCUGCUCUAAAGGAAGUGGUGCAUGUCUUUCCCAUGGUAUCAUUAAAUGAUUCAUGGACCAGAUUGGCAGUUGGUGAUGUUAUUGGAGAGAUCAACAGUGCUAACAUUCGCGUGUAUGAUCUACAAAGUGUUACAAAGAUUAAGGUUUUGGAUGCAAGUGGACCUCCUGGACUUCCAAGCUUGCUUGCAGCAGGGUCAGAAAUGGCUGUAAGGACCUCAAUAUCAGCUUUGAGCUUUUCCCCUGAUGGAGAGGGGGUGGUUGCCUUUUCUGAGCAUGGCUUAAUGAUACGAUGGUGGUCAUUGGGAUCUGUAUGGUGGGAGAAACUAAGCCGCAACUUUGUUCCUGUUCAAUGCACCAAAGCGAUAUUUGUUCCUCCAUGGGAGGGAUUCUCGCCUAAUUCUUCAAGGUUAAGUAUAAUGGCGAGUGCAAUGGAAGGUGAUAGGCAAGUGGAUGUGCAGGACAAUGUAAGGGGUUUGAGUCAUGCCGACAUUUUGAAGAUUUUGAUUCAUAGUCUUGAUCUUUCUUAUCGGCUUGAAUGGACUGAAGAACGGAAAGUAAAACUCAGAAGGCAUGGCAACGAGUUGGGAACUUUUCAAAUAUAAGCAUACUUUUGUGCAAAUUCAAUUGGCAUUGGCGAGGCCUUUCAAGAAACAUCCUUGGAUAUUCAGACUAGGAAGUGUCUUAGAACCAUCAUGAACUUCCCGGUUGCAGUCCUCAUGCUUUGUUUAUCAAUAUCUCAAAGCUUUUGCGCUGUGGUUCUGAAUCGCCCGAUUAAGUCGCCCGACUCGCAACAUUAAGAAUUUAAAAAGGCAUCUUCUUGUGGCUUUCCCAGAAGAGGAUACAUCUUCACUUGGUGUUGUUGCUUUGUGGGAGGAAUGAAAGUAAAUAAUCUGAUAUGCGUAUAUAUUUUUGGUAUUGUCAAAUAAUCCAUUACAUCAUCAUUCACAACGAUUUCGAUAUUUUUCUUCUCAUGAGUUUGAGGUCUCAAGCUCGGCCGUCGUCGAGUCAACCACGGUAGUAAGUGCCAUCUUUGCAUAGAUUUAGUUUGCUUGUAUUUCAUUUAAUUUUUGUAGGUUUUAUCAGUUUGUUUAGAGAAGUUGCAUAUAAUGAUCUCUUGUUUUUUUAUGUGAAACCCAAGCCCGUAUCAUUUCAGAUAGGAGUUUGCUUCAGUCGUGUUGGGUAGAUUGUAGAUGCUAUACGCACAAUUCUUGUUAUAUUAUUUAUUCAUUUUUAGAACUGA